UACCAUAAAAAACCAAGUCAUCUCGGAACAGUUACGUAUACAUCGCCCAAAAUCCAGAAAAAUCCGAAACUCAUAAAUCCAGUGCCUCGUUCUUCAAUCUCCCUGUGGGCGCACACAAAUCCGGAUUACCCACCAAAAAUUCCCCCCCAAUUUCCUGCAUGGCUAAGUCUCGCCCAAACCCAGUUAUAUAUAUUAAUCUUUGUUUCAAUUUCAGAAGUAGCAGCUUAUCGGAAUCGGGGUUUGAUUCUUCUGAAGCUUCUUCGUUCUUUAAUGGCGGUGUUGAAAGGGAAAUACAUCAAGUUUCAGGCCCGGAAAUGGUCCACAUUCAAGCUUUCCAAGAUAAUCAUGGUCUUCCUUUUGGCACUUGGGGUUUCCAUGUUCAUCGCCUUCCGAUUCUUCUCUCCUCCUGAAAGUUCUCAUAGCGAGCUACUCCACCGUCUCGCUUCUGUCCAGCAUAGUGCCGUUCAUAGUGAUGGGUUGGGGAAGAGAGAGGAUCAGUGGGUUGAGAUCAUUUCAUGGGAGCCUAGGGCUUUCGUUUAUCACAAUUUCUUGUCCAAGGAAGAAUGCUUGUAUUUGAUUGGUCUUGCAAAACCUUACAUGGAAAAAUCAACUGUGGUGGAUAUUAAAACUGGGAAGAAUAUAGAUAGCAGGGCGCGCACCAGUUCCGGGAUGUUUCUGCAUAGAGGGCAGAACAAAAUCGUCAGCAACAUAGAGAAAAGAAUAGCAGAGUUUACAUUCAUUCCCAUAGAGAAUGGAGAAGCACUUCAAAUUCUGCACUAUGAAGUCGGGCAGAAGUAUGAUGCUCACUAUGAUUUCUUUGCCGAUGAGUUCAACAUCAAACAUGGUGGCCAAAGAAUAGCCACUCUUCUCAUGUAUCUGUCAGACGUCGAAGAAGGGGGCGAGACAGUGUUCCCAGUAGCCGAAGGGAACUUCAGCUCUUUGCCUGGGUGGAAUGAACGGUCUGAAUGUGGUAAAGGUGGACUAUCUGUAAAACCAAAGAUGGGAGAUGCAUUAUUGUUCUGGAGCAUGAGGCCUGAUAAUACCUUAGAUCCUACAAGUAUGCAUGGUUCUUGCCCUGUCAUAAGAGGGAACAAAUGGUCAUGUACAAAGUGGAUGCAUGUUAAUGAAUACUAAUUCAAAGGGUGGAAUGAAGGUAUACAUUUGUUGAGAAGAAGACUAACUCUUAUUUUGUUCUUAGUUCAUUAUUCACCUUUCUUAAAAAUUACAUUUUUUCUUUUUUGAGGAAUUACAUAUUUGGUUGUAUAGUUACUUAUACUCAAAACAGUUUUUAGUGUACUUGUUCCAAGCCUUGCUUGAUUUUGUUUCGAUAUGGUCGGUUGCCAAUUUGAGCACAACGUUUCCAAUA